GGCCCCGGCCGCCGCGCCGUACCCGCCCGCUCCGUCGCCGUCUACCUCGAGCUCUUCCCGGCGGCAGCGGACCCCGAGGGGCCGCUGCGGCACUGCUGUGCAGGCCGGCCCGCCGCCGGCACCGAGCCCGAGGACCCCGCCAGCGCUCAGCGCGCGAGGCCCAGGCGCCUCCGUGCCCGCGCCGCCGCAGAGCGCCCGGCGGCAGAACGGGGCCUCGCCGCGGCAGCUGCCGCCGCUGACCGCGGACCCGCGGGAAGAAGCGAUGCUGCGGGGCGGGCGCGUGCCGGCCGCGUGGUUCGACGACGCCGUGCCCUGCCACCAGCUUGCGGGCGGGGCGGCGCCGGCAGGCGGCAGGGGCACCGCGGGCGCUCCCGCGGCGCAGGGCGGGGCUGCCGUGCCGGAG